UCAUUAUGAGCACCAUCACAUCCAACUUGACCAAAUGGCAGAAGAAAAAGCUCUGCUCCUUGCUCAGCCAUUUCAGACUGUCCCUGCUGUUCAAAGCCAGUGUGCAUGGCUACCAUGUCAAUACAUUUCACCAAAAGUGUUAUACUCAGGGGCCAACUGUUAUUGUAGCUUACAAUAAGUCCGGAUAUGUUUUUGGAGCUUUUACUAGCAAAAAUUAUGGUCAAACAGGCCAAAAUGUUGUGGAUGACAAAGCUUUUCUCUUCAGCUUUAAUGACAAAGAGGUUAACGAAGCUCCUCUCCGUGUGUUCAGUGGAAAUCCCCAGUAUUCUUUCACUGACAAUGGUCCGAACUUCGAUUCUUUAAGGUUUCUGUACAAUAACACUGCCACCGUCUACAGUAAUCCAGGAACAUACACAUUCGAUCCACAGAAGAUGCAUGGGAAUGACUUACAGCUGACUGAAUGCGAGGUGUACAGAGUUGAAGACUGUGGAGGACUCUUGGAGAAACCAUGGAGAAAUGUGCAGUGGACCUCUGAGAGAAGGAAGGAGCUUUUGAGCAUCAUCUCAGGCUGGAAGCCUUUUGUUAGCUCGGUUAAACAGGCUCGUAUUCUACUGGUGGGUCCUGUUGGUGCUGGGAAAUCAAGCCUCUUCAACUCUAUCAACUCUGUAUUCAAGGGUUAUGUGAGCAGCCAGGCCAACACUGGCACUGCUGGAACCAGUUUGACUACUCAGUUCCGUACCUACCACAUAAGGCCAGGCAGCGGUGUCAGCCAUGUUCCCUUCUCUCUGUGUGACUCGAUGGGUCUGGAGGAGGGUUUGAACAGCGGUCUGGCUGUAGAUGAUUUUGCCAGUAUUUUGAAGGGUCACAUUCAAGACAAGUAUCAGUUUAACCCAUCGAUGCCUAUACAGCCAGACUCCCCUCAUUUCCACAAAUCUCCUGGCUUGAAGGACAAGAUUCACUGUGUGGUAUAUGUGAUAGACGCCAGCAAAGUCACGCUCCUCUCUGACAAAAUGAAUGACAAGUUUGCGGUUUUUCGAAAGAAAACCAACCAGCUCGGUAUUCCUCAGCUGGUUCUGCUCACUAAGGUGGAUGAGGCCUGUCCGUUAGUGGCUGAAGACCUGAAAAAUGUCUACCAGAGCCACUAUAUCAACAAAAUGGUGCAGGAGGUGAGCGCUCAGCUUGGAGUUUCUAUGUCUGCUGUGAUUCCAGUGAAAAACUACUGCCAAGAACUGGAAAUAGACCCUCAAACUGACAUAUUGCUUCUAAGCGCUGUUGUUCAGAUACUCAGAGCCGCCGAGGGCUUUUUUGAUGAUUUUUACAAUCCAGAGGAGAGGUCUGAGUAGAAGGUUCUGGAUGUAUAUUAAAAUUAGCUAAUCGUACCUCUUUGUUUACAGAAUUCAUAUUGUUUUAGGUGACAAAUGCAUCUUUGUUUGUGUAAGGUCUGUUGACAUUUCUACCAUUGCUCUUAACAUGCAAACUAUUGCUAAUCCAAAACAUGCCAUCAGAUGUCCAAUAUUCAAAGCUUUCUUCUCAGUUUGAGAGAAAAAUGUGUAGUUUAAAAUUGAAAUAAAGGUCUCAUGAAGUUUAUUGGUUGUAGAAGAUAAUGAAAGAAAUACAUUCACAUUGUACAAUACCAACAAUGACCCGUAAA